AUGGCUCUUAUUCCUCUCUCCACCCUUCUCCUCGCCACUCUUCCCCUCGCCACUCUUCCCCUCGCCACUCUUCCCCUCGCCACUCUUCCCCUCGCCACUCUUCCCCUCGCCACUCUUCCCCUCGCCACUCUUCCCCUCUCCACCUUCCCCUCUCUGCCCUCUUCCCGCCCUCAUGAAGAGCAACAGGCUGAGUGGCACCAUUCCCGCCUGCAUUGCCCACCUCACCGCACUCACCUCCCUGUGCGCGCCCAUUCUCCCUCCCCUCAACUUCCCCCCCCACCCCCCCUCUCCUCUCGAUCCCUUCGUUCCACCUGCCUGUCUCUGCCAAGCAUGGGGGGUUUGAGAGGGCAACUCAGCUACAAUCUCCUUGCAGGGACGAUACCUGCUGCAAUCACCACGCUCACUAAUCUCGGAAUCCUCCACCUUGACCGCAACCAGCUUACGGGAGAGCUGCCCUCCUUGCACCACAUGGCCCGCCUCACUUCCCAACGCGGACUCUCUAUACGUUGCAACUACCUCACAGCCACAGCAGACCCUCCCCCUUUGAAUGCUGCCGGCCUGUGCAAUGCCUCAGGCAUUCCUUCAGACCGUGACAUCGUGUGUCUGUUCGACCACAACUGCCUUGCAGACGAGGGAAUCUUUUGCUACCCUCAUAACCAGAGGAGAGCCAGCGAGUGCCGGGCGUUCUGUGGGGCGCAGCCGCUCACCCCGCCGUGCAGCGGCCAUGGCGUGUGCUCCUUUGUGCUUGACCCGUCUCUCGACAUGGCUGCCUGCGAGGAUGAUGCAUAUGAGCCGCCGCCACCGUACUGUGAUUUUGAGGGCCAGUGCGACUGUGAUGAGGGGUACAUGCCAGGGGCUGAUGCUGGCACGUGCGUGCCUCAAGGUGGUGCUGAGGGGGAUGGAGGCGCGGCUGCGGCAACUACUCCCGCGAGAGACCUAGACAAGGACGAGAUUACACGAGAAUAA